CCAUCUAGUAGCAACAUGAAAGUGAUCAACCUGUGCCUUCUGGUCGUGGCCGCGGCCAGCUUCCUUCUGACCACCGCCAACGCCAAUGCCGUGGGUGACUUCGAGGACUUUGAGGCCUACACCGAUGCCGAGAUCGAGCAGAUGAUCGCUGACGAGCUGGGCGAAGGCGAAUUUAUGGGCGUCGAUCAGUUGGGACUAUACAAAAUUUUGUUGGCUGGCUACAAGGGCGUCAACGGCACCCUGUGCCUCAUCGACGAGGUGGCCGACAUCAUGCUCUCCUGCACCGGUUACGUGACGGACCUGGCCACCUGCACCGGUAACAUUCCCACGGACGUGAAGGCCGUGCUGAAGCACAUCACCAAUGCCAUUGAUAUUGGCUCCGAAAUCACCCACUUUAAGACCGAGCUUUGCGCCUCGAAGACCAGGGGCAUCGUUUCCGGUGCCGAGAAAGCCGCUAAAUGCGCGGUUAAACUUUCAGUGAAAACCUUGUCGAUGAUCCGCCAAGUGAGCGAUGCGAUCAAACUAACCGGACUUUUCCCUACGAAAACCGGCAACUGCUACGUCUCAUCCACCAAAUCGGUGGUCGGUGAUUGCAAGGCCUUCGUGCCCAACCUCAAGUCCUGCGUCACCCACAUGACCUCUUAAGCGGUCCAAAAAAUUGGUAAUAAAACCAUGAGAUUA